AUGUCUGCCGCUUUCGUUCCCUACUGCUUCUCUGUAAUCGUCGUCUCGCUGGCAUUUACCAAGCUGGUCCACCUGUAUAUCCACGCCGCAACCGUUCCCACAGCUUCCUUCAUCCUCUAUUUGCCUUCCUUCCUGCUCCCCGAUGCACUUGUCAUCUUUACCGCACGGCUGGUGUUCCGGCGAGAGCGGGGAUGGCUCUCGCUUGCGCUAUGCGUCGCUGGGUGUUUAAUGGCGCUCGUUAUUCUGUGCGCAGCAUCAUCACAACUCGGUUUCUUUUACGAGACCGGCAACGAGGUGGAAUGGGAAGACGCUGGUAGUUUUGCCCACGAUGCCGAAGGGAUCAAGGUAUUGAUGAGCGGGCUCACUGCCGUCCUGGCAUCUGGCUCCGCCAUCUUGCUGGUUGCAUGGUUCGCAAAGGCGUUCCUAUACCGAGCCGUCGGCAUGUUGUUGGUCGGUAUAGGCGCACCUCUUGUCUUCGUCUGGCGAUCAGCCCUACGACGUCCCCAAAGCCGGAACUCUCGACCGCGGCGGCGCAUCGAGCGCCAGCCGGACUGGAGCGAAGACUCCGAAGACUAUACCGACUACGACUCCGACUUCGAAACCGACUCCGGGGAAGCGGUCGCUCUCGUGUAUGGCGAAAAGUGGAUGGAUGCGGUUGGCCGCAGCCCAAACUGCUUCCGCCAAACAAGUUCCUGGGUGCUCAUCGCCGGCUUCCUCAUCUUCCUCGCCAUUACAAGCCUCAUCCGUCCUUCGAUGCCCUACAACCAUAUAUCUACAACACUGCCGUUUCCUCUAUUAGACAUGUUCCAGCCGAAGCCUGACCCCUGCGCCGAACAGGGUCUCAUGAACGAUAAUGAAUGGCCUUUUCCGGAACUCACCAACACGUCGAAAUGGGAAUACCCGAGCGACACCUCCAGAGGAUGGGCGCCAGGGACCAACAAUAUGGUCGUCAACCGCUAUCGAAAAUCGAAACCAGAUUGGCUACCGGAUCCGAUUCCGCCUGGGUUCUCCAAGUGGGCUUCUCGUUCAUCCAAAACCCGCGCUGCCUCGAAUGUCACGGCCACAAACAAAUUUGUUCAAUCCGGCCACCCGGCCCACGACGACAAGAUUCUCGAAUGCGACUUUCCUGUCAUCAAUGACACCUUCUACAACCCCGUCGGUGAUCCGAUGAAGAUUACAAAUCUCGACAGUGACAUUCUGCAAGUUUUGCAAACAGCCCUCACUAACAAUAGCGUCAAAAUCAAGCAUGUUGCCCUGAUCAUGAUGGAGAGUCUGCGAGAAGAACUCUUCCCCAUCCAGCAGGGCUCUGAUAUUCACAGAUUCAUCAUGGAGGCCAACGACGAAGACGAAAGAGACGAGGCCAAUGCCCGAGUAUCCCGCAUGUCGCCGAACGCUGAGAAAAUCACUGGCAAGCCUGGCAACUUCAUGAGUAGCAACGGUUCGACUUACGAGCGAGACUUGCCGGAAUGGAACGACACCACGACGCCUGGGUUUGGUGGAAUUAAUGUCGUCGGCGCGCUCACCACCAGUUCUGUCUCGACCAAGAGUCUAGCUGCCAUCCAUUGUGGCGCUUGGCCCAUGCCCGUCGACAAGUUCGAGGAAUCCGAGACGGAGAGCUACCAGCCCUGUCUCCCCCAAGUGCUGGAGCUCUUCAACAGGAUGAAAGACAACCAGUCCACCAGCGACUUUCGACAGCAAGAAUGGUAUCCUGCCUUCUUCCAGUCCGUAACCGACGGGUAUGACAGGCAGGCCAAGUUUGAUAAAAAGAUUGGCUUCAAGAAUAUCGUCACCAAGACGCGAAUCGAUAACGAUGCGACCGACGACGACGACUUGGAGACAAUCAACUACUUUGGGUAUCCCGAAACCACCCUCAGAUCACACAUGGAGGACUACAUCAAAGAGGCCAAGGCCGAGGGGAAGAGGAUGUUCUUCUCGCAUUUUACAAGCACGACUCAUCACCCUUGGGCGCUUCCCAAAUGGUUCCCGUCCACCAAGUAUAUGGAUACCAAGGGGACGAUGAGAUGGCACAAGGACUUUAAUAAGUAUCUCAACACGGUCCGCUUCAACGACGCUUGGCUGGGAGAGAUGAUGCAGAUGUUUGAAGACCACGGCAUUUCUGACGAGACGCUCGUUGUCUUUGUAGGUGAUCACGGACAGGCAUUCAAGGAGGAUGUCUCCAAGACGGGCACAUAUGAGAACGGGCAUAUAAGCAAUUUCCGUGUUCCCAUCACCUUCAGGCAUCCGCAUCUCCCUCGAGUCCAAUACAACGCCAACGCCACAUCGUUGUCCAUCCUCCCCACCAUCCUCGACCUCCUCAUCAACACUGGCUCGCUCAACGAGGACGACACCGCUGCGGCAUCCGACCUCGUGCAAGAUUACGAAGGCCAGUCUUUUCUACGAGAGUACAAAGCGUCAUACAACGGCCGACGCGCAUGGAAUUUCGGCAUCAUCAAUGCCGGAGGGCGCAUGCUCUCUGUGACGUCCGCAGACGCGCCGUGGAGGCUCGUCAUGCCCCUGGACUCAAAGUCGGUGUACACAUUCACCGACCUUGAGAAUGAUCCCCUUGAGUUGGAUCCUCUAUUAAAAUGGUCGGUGGGGAGUUUAGCGUCGUCUGCAAGGCGGAAACAUAAUAGCGACGCCUCGGAAUGGGUUAUUGAAGCCGAGGCAAUCGCGCGGUGGUGGGGUUUAGAGCGCAAGCGUCUCUGGGGCUAUCAAGGGGAAUAA